UUUUAUCUUGUUAAACCUAUUUAAAUCCAUACUUUAUUUAAAUAAAAUAAAGAAGUGUCGACUUCAUUACUUUAUGUGUGUGUGUGUGUGUUUUAAAAAUGUAUUUCUGAAAAUUAAUAUUCAAUCUCCAUGUGUAUGCAUCAUAUUAUUUUCUCCACAUUAUAAUAGUUAUUUAUUCUUGAAAUCUAACUUUCUUCUUUUUAGGCGCCUAAUAUAAUAAUAUUAUGUAAUCAAUCAACUUGUUUAUAUGCAUGUAUAUUUGUCUUACUGGUGGCAUCUUCUUUUGUUGUUCAGCUUCAAUCUUUGCUUUUAUCUUUUGUUUCUUUGCUUCUAUUUUCUUCUUCUUUUUGGCUUCGAGAUAUUCUUGUUUAAUUUUUUCUAGUUUCUCUUUCUUUUCUUCAACUUUUAAUUCUUUUUUCGCAUUCUUUUCUUCGAGAAUCUUUGCAAUACGGGCUUUCUUUUUUAAUUUCUCGUUUUCUUUUUCAUCUUCCUUUUUAGCAGCUGUUUCAAUUAGAUUUAGCAUAAAAUUCUUAUCUGUAGCGAAUUUAGGAUUAUCUAAUUCUGAAGAUCCUUUAGUACGUUUUUUAUUAUUUUUUUUCUGCACAUUGGCUGGAUUCUGCACUGGUAUUUUGUUUUUAGUUGAUGCAUUCUUCAUCUACAAAUAUGCAAUCGAGGAAAGAGAGAGAGAAAGAAUAAAAAAAAAAUUAAAUAUAAUGAUAACUAAAUGGCUUGUAAGCAAUUACUUUUCUUGAUUGCACCAUCGUAUAUCUGCUGAAGGUGAUGAAGUUUUUUUUUUUUU